AAAUCUUGUGACUCUUGUCUGAGUUAGUUCCCAUUAAAAAUAUUUAAAAAAAAGAAAACUCAAUUCUUUCCCCCUUUACAUCUAUUUCUUUUAUGACAAAGAAAGAACCAAACUUGCAUCUUCUCACCUCUUUCUUUCAAUCCACCAUGGCUAUCUGCAUUGACAGAUAGAUACAAGAUAGAUACAAUAUACCAUAUAUAUUAUAUAUAUACAUCAUUCUUGAGCUUCACAUUUUCAAAAAGCUCAGAUUUUUCAACAUGGGUUCUUUGAUCUUUCAAAUGGGUGUCUUUCUUUUCCUUCUUUUAUUAACUUUUAGCUGUAUUAAUCUUGUGGAUUCACAAAUUGUAACAAGAAAAGAUGUUCUUCAAGGAAAUGUUUUCAUUGAUGGCAAAAGUUCAAUUGCAAAGAUUGAUAGUGACUUUAUUUGUGCUACAAUGGAUUGGUGGCCACCAGAGAAGUGUGAUUAUGGUACUUGUAGCUGGGGCCAGGCUUCCCUCCUCAAUGUGGAUCUAAACAACAAAAUUUUCCAAAAUGCCAUCAAAGCUUUUUCACCAUUAAAGAUAAGAUUAGGAGGGAGUUUGCAAGACAAAGUUGUUUACCAAACAGAAGAUAAUCCAAAACCCUGCAUUCAAUUCAAAAGUAAUAAAUCAGAAAUGUUUGGUUUUACUGAGGGCUGCCUACCACUAGCCAGAUGGGAUCAAUUAAGUACUUUUUUUAAAGACACAGGGGCUGAAAUUAUUUUUGGUUUGAAUGCACUUGCUGGCAAGACAAUACAAGCUGAUGGUUCAGCAGUUGGACCUUGGGAUCCUGCAAAUGCUGAAUCUUUUAUACGCUACACGGUUAAAAAGAAUUACGCCAUGUACGCUUGGGAGCUCGGGAAUGAGCUAAGCGGAAGUGGAGUUGGAACAAGAGUAACUGCAUCUCAGUAUGCUUCCGACACAAUCGCCUUAAAAAACAUAGUUCAAAAAAGCUACGAGGGUAUCGAGCCUAAACCUCGUAUAAUUGCACCCGGUGGCUUCUUUGAUGCCAACUGGUUCAAGGAGUUUAUAGACAAAACACCCGAAACACUGGACAUAAUCACUCACCAUAUAUACAAUCUCGGCCCAGGGGUUGAUCAACAUCUUGUUGAAAAGAUACUAGAUCCAUCUUAUCUCGAUCGCGAGGCUGAUACGUUUAAGCAACUCGAGAACAUUCUCAAGACUUCGACAACUUCUGUUUCCGCUUGGGUUGGUGAAGCGGGUGGUGCGUACAACAGCGGGCAUAAUCUUGUGACCAAUGCAUUCGUGUUUAGUUUCUGGUACUUGGAUCAGCUCGGAAUGUCAUCUGUUUAUGACACGAAAACGUACUGCAGGCAGACGUUGAUUGGAGGAAACUACGGUUUGCUUAAUACUACAACCUUUGAGCCAAAUCCGGAUUACUACAGCGCUCUUCUUUGGCAUCGUUUGAUGGGUCAAAAAGUUCUUUCUGUAAACUUUAACGGGACGAAGAAAAUACGAUCGUAUGCGCAUUGCGCCAAAGAAUCUGGGGGGAUAACACUACUAUUGAUCAAUCUAGACAGCAAAAGUACAGUUGAUGUAAGCUUGUCUCUAGAUAGCGCUUGGAGUUUACAUAAACUCAAAUCGCAUGUUCAUUAUCAUCAUCGUAAAGCAAACAAACAGCGCCAUUCCAAGAUUAGUGGAACAAACACGCGAGAAGAAUACCAUUUAACCGCUAAAGACGGGGAUCUACACAGUCAAGUGAUGAUGCUUAACGGUAAAGAACUAGGAGUAAAUUCAAAUGGCGAGAUACCACAAUUCGAGCCUGUGAAUGUGGAUUCUUCAGAGCCCAUAAGUGUUGCUCCCUUUUCGAUUGUGUUUGCUCAUAUCCCAAAUGUUACUUUGUAUGCGUGCGGGAAUUAGAUGGUAUAACAUAUAUAUAUAUAGAGAGAGACAUACAUAGCAUGGAAUGGAACUGAGAAUCAGCUUCAUUCUAUUUAUUGAUUAAAUGAUAUAAUUAUAAGGCUUAGUUUAUUUUCUUAUUUAUUGUUGAAUGUAAGAUGGAUGUAAUAUGAUUGUUAGUUUAUUUUGUUAGCUUUUGAGUCCUAUAUGGAAACUUUGAAGUUUUGCCGUA